AUGUUUACUAGAUAUUGGUGUAUAACAAUAUUUGUCAUUGGCUUUUUUGGACAUUCAUUAAAUUUAUGUAUAUUUACUCGUCGUACUCUUCGUUAUAAUCCAUGUGUUCGAUAUCUUAUGGCAUCAGCUAUUGGUGGUUAUCUGAUUAUUUUUAUUUUAAUUCCGAUACGCACCUUACAAUUCGGAUAUGGUUUGAGUUUAUUUCUUUCAUCGGAAAUAACGUGUAAAAUUAUGUCAUUUGUCUGUUCUUGGAUAAGAAUGUUAUCUUGUUGGUUUCUAGCGUUGGCAUCUGUUGAUCGAUUUUUUUGCAGUUCAACAUCGUCUACACUUCGUAGAUUGAGUUCGCUUCGUGUUUCAUUAUGGUUAAUUCCGUCAGUGACUAUAUUCAUUGGUAUAACACAAAUUCCGAUAUUGAUAUUUUUUAAAAUUAAUGCUCAACCAAGGAUAUGUCUUGGUCAACCAAAUUUAUUUCAAAAAGUAAAUGGAAUUUUGAUUAUCAUCAUGUGGAGUUUAAUUCCAUCGUUAGCAAUGCUUAUUUUUGGUUUUCUCACCGUACGUCAUAUUCGACAAUCAGCGCAGAGAGCUGCAGGUCACAAGAGUGGAAAUCGACGAAAGGUACGAAUUAAAACUGUUGAUAGACAAUUGAUUCAAAUAACUCUAACUCAAUCAAUACUUUUUGGAAUAACAUCAGCUACGGGUGCAAUUGGCGGAAUGUUCAAUAUUAUUGAUAAUGGAUCACGUAAAGAUCCACUGACAUUAGCUAAACAAAGUCUUACUGGAAAUAUACUUUCUUUUAUUGGUCUUCUUAGUCCAUGUAUAAGUUUCUAUAUAUGUACAUUAUCAAGUCAAUUAUUUCGACGUGAACUUAAAAAUAUAUUUUAUACCCAACAAUAA